GUAACAAUUUGCUACACCAAAAAAUCUAUGAGAGUAGAUAAUAAAGGCAUAUAGAGAAAACAGAAGCGAAGAGCUUCUCACUGAGGCUUCUACAAGUUUACAGUAGUCUUUCUGUAUUCAUAACUUACUCAUCUUCUAUGAGACUAAAAAAAAGUACACGUUCCGUUGUAAAAGAUCGUAUUCAAAAAAGUUGGCAACCAUUAAGUGAAGGUCGUCGUCGAGAAGUAGCUCUCAUAUUACGAACAUGCUCCAGACUCGUUCUUCAUAGUAUACAAUCUGAAUCAAGAAAAGAAACAGCGGAAUCAUGGCUUGUUUCAAAGCUUGAGAAAAUGGAACAAGGCUUACUUACACUUCCCGUACCAAAACCGGCAAAAAAACAACCUUUGCUCACUCAACUGAGCACCAUUAAUUACCAAUUGGAACAACAGCUAUACUCUGAUCUUGAGCACAUCGAAAAACUUCGGCUUGAGUUGCAGUACGAAUACGACUGUCGUAAGGCAGAUCAAGAAAAUCUGUCACAAAUGUCGGAAAACUUGAAAGCAAAUCAAGAACGCUACAUGGACAAAAGUAACCGGUUACAUCCAGUUCUUCGGAAACAAAGAAUUCGUGAAGAAGAACAAAUGCAGCUACUAGAAGACAUUUGCUAUGAGAGUGACGAUGACGAACUUUCGAGCAACUCUUCAGCGAUCCCUUCCAAACUUUACCGCCAAAUUCAAGCACCGUUAUCGAGAAUUGACAAAACCCUCCAACCCAUCAUACAGUUACAGGAAAAACUUGAUGAACUAACGACUUUGCUACAUACAAAAGCUACAAAACUACCUGGGCAUGUGGACCAAACCAGCAAAAAGAAACAAAAAAACAAUUUUCCAUAAGAAAGAAGACCAAAACUGGCCACGGAAAAAUGCAUAUCUGUUAGGUAAAGCCCUUUUCAUUGUUCUCACUUCAAAGACUGAAGUAAGAACGAAUCUUAAUCUAUGCACUCAGACUAAUUGCUUCGUCUAAAGGGUGGAACUCGUCCCAUUAUAGGACUCGGCGUCCCCGACAAACCAACUUAAUGGAAUGCAUUUUGUUAAGGAGAAGAAUUUUCUGCACCGUUGGUUUAUAUAGUCAAUAUUUAGGGUAGGGUUAAUAGAAUAUACACGUUCGCUUAGCUAUAGUCGGCACUCUAUCG